AAAGAGGCAGCACUGAUGAACGAAUAUACUUCCUUGAAAAAUCUCGUGGAUGAACUCAACAAAGAGGUCGCCAAAUUCGAGCAAUUCAAGAAAGAACAGGAUGAGCUUGAACAGAAACUGCUUGCAAAAGAGGCAGAAUUGGCUGAAAAGAGUGCUCGUCUCGCAGCUGCUGAAACAGAGAAACAGGUUUUAGUGGUCCAAGGAAACGGAAGGAGCGCUGAGCUAGAAGUUGAGAACGCGGAACUCCGGAAGAAGUUGAUCGAAUUGGAAAAUAAGUUGUCUGAGGCGAUGAAAGCGCAAACUGAAGCGCUCGCUGAACUUGCCUCUGCUCGUGCUCAAGCGAAUGAGGAGGUAGGCAUCAAUUUUAUAUUCUUUUCCUUAAACUAA